AUGCUGGAAGCGCCAGACUCGAAGUGGGUCCGGCGUGAGGAUCUCCAUGGAGAUGCGACGUCAGAUGGCGAAAUUGACCUCGAUGAGGCUGCCAAAGAUGAGCUACGCGCGAAGUUGAAUGCACAACUAUCCGGCCUUUUUGACUUUGGACUCCCAUCCGUUGAGGCAGAGCUUCGGGAAACGCAGCCUAUGGAAACGGAUGAGACUGAUACUGCGCCAGCUGAAGAGCCCGAGGAGCUUGCCUAUGAGUUUCGGCUUUUUCGUGAUGAAGCACCAAGCCACACCGUGGUUAUCGGACAUGAUGAUGACAACCCUAAGGCUCCACGCGAGGGCGCUUUUGUUGUUCCGAAGAGACCCAUGUCGUAUUACGUAGCUGAAAAGCCGGAUUCGGCUGCCAUGAAAAGGUUCCGCUUCGCAGCAGUCACUUCAGACUACAUCUUUGGAGACGCGGUGCAGAACCGCUGGGGUCUGGAGAAGCCAUGGCGAGUCGCGCACAUAACGGUCACAUCGAGAUUGUCGGGAAAGACCGCUUUGACGUCAGCAUCAGGUGACAUAAAGAUGGUUGAUGGUAAGAGAAAGCGAGUAGGGAAGAAGAGGAGAAUCAUUCUUCGAGCUCGCGAGAAAGCAGAGAAGGAAAAGGCCGACGCUGCAAAAAAAUAUCUUGAGGAGAAGGAGGAGCAUCUCGCGGCUAAGAAGAAGCGCUUAAAUCGCGAAAAGAAGCUAAAACGAAGAGCAAAAGAAAAAGAGAAGAAAACUACCGCUGGAGACAAUCCGGAGCAUGCCACCUCAAACAACGAUGGCAAUGUUAGUGAUGGCAACUCAGAAACUUAA